AUGAGCUCAGUGGACCCUCCACAGUCCGCAACAAGAAAACGAUUCACUAGAGCCAGAGAAUCUUCGUCCAACCAAUCAUCUUCAGCUAUGAAUGUCAACGGCAAGAGCUCUCCACAAGCUGGGAAUGGACGUGCACACGGACAUUCGUCUUCGGUGGAACACCUGGAGCCCCGUUCGCCGCAUUCUCGAGCAGAGGAUGAGCAAUAUCCCGUAGAAUUACACGAUGACGGUGUCGAAAUGACUUUACUUGGACAUGGCGCACGCCGUCCAGAGGUCCUGGAGGAGCAAGAGGAAAAGGACAAGAUGUCCAAACCACUGUCUACAAAAGACAAAAAGGCCAUGGUUUUAUUGAUUAUACUUUAUCUUAUUCAGGGCGUCCCGCUGGGACUUGCGUUGGGCUCAGUACCGUUCUUGUUACGAGAACAUCUCACGUAUAAGCAACUGUCAUGGAUCUCCCUUUCAUCCUACCCUUAUUCACUCAAGCUUCUAUGGAGUCCUAUAGUCGAUUCAAUGUUCGACUUUAGAGUCGGUCGGCGAAAGUCGUGGAUCAUCCCAAUGCAAAUCAUCAUUGGCACCAUGAUGUUCUGGAUAUCAAAUAACGCGGCCAUGGUCAUGGAAAAUCCAGAUGGUCAUGUCCUGGAACUAACUGUUACGUGGACGUCACUCGUAUUCUUUGCAGCGACUCAAGACAUUGCCGUGGACGGAUGGGCGUUGACACUCCUCUCGGACGAUGCAAAGGCAUAUGCCUCAACUGCGCAGACCGUUGGGCUCAACUGUGGCUAUUUUGCCUCCUAUACCGUAUUCCUGGCUUUCAACAGCGAGUCCUUUGCUGCAAAAUAUGGCAUUCCUCGCUUGACCCUAUCGGCAUAUCUCAAGUUUUGGUGUGUCGUGUGCUACAGUGUCACAGUGUGGCUCAUCUUUUUCAAAAAGGAGGCAAGUCUUCUCGCUGAACCAGUAUCUCCUGAUGACCCAGACAUGCGUCUCAAAUCCGUCUACAAGAGCAUGUGGAAACUAUGCAAGCUCGAACACUUCCGACGCCUCUUCCUGGUGCAUCUCUUCGCCAAAAUUACAUGGCAAGCACACGACAGCAUCACCUCACUCAAGCUAGUCGAAAAGGGCUUGCCAAAGGAGGAUCUCGCCGCAGCCGUUUUGGUCGACUUUCCUUUCCAGCUCAUUGCUGGGUGGCUAGCCGGACGCUGGUCUCGAGGGAACAAGCCGCUCAGGCCAUGGUUAUACGCUUACUGGGCCCGUGCUGGCUUUGUAAUCGUUGCCAUGAUUAUUGUCGCGACCUUCCCAGGCGCUCCCUUAGGAUGGUCAUGGUUCAUUAUGUUUGUCUCCGUCCUCGUAUUGAAUGGCUUUGCCGGAACCAUCCAGUUCGUCGGUGUAUCUGCCUUUCACACUCGCAUCUCCGACCCCACUAUCGGUGGUACCUACAUGACUAUGCUCAAUACCGCGUCUAAUUUGGGCGGAACAUGGCCGGGACCCUUUGUAUUCCUCUUGGUGGACGCCUUUACAGACUCGAAAUGUCGGACAUCCACUGGUUCGGUACUGACCCAAGUCUCCGAAUGCGUGAGUGAGGUGGGCAAACACCAAUGUAAAAAUCUGUCAGGACAUUGCGACAUUGUUCGCGACGGAUAUUACACCGUCUCGUGCAUCUGCCUCGUAUUGGGUGUCACAGUCUGGCUGUUGUUCGUUCGUCCCACGGCUCUCAAGUUGCAGGCGCUACCAUUCUCCAAAUGGAGAAUCAAUCAACCUCGGUGA